AUGAGUCAAGGCAAACGUAAAAAGGCUGGAUCUUCUUAUCCUUGGUCUCAAAGAAAAUUAUGUCUUACCAACCCAUUUCCUCGAUAUGGACACUCUGCAUCAAAAAUGGCUUCUGCCAAUGACUUACUUAUUUUUGGCGGUGCUAAUCUGGGAAAAGCUAGAAAUGAUAUUUUUUCUAUUGAAAUUAGCACACUAAAUGUUCAAAGUAUCUCAACUGCUGGUGAUAUUCCUUCACCUCGAAGUUGGCAUACACAUGCAGAAAUUGGAUCAAAACUAUAUGUUUAUGGUGGAUUAACUCAGGAUCCUCAAUAUUCAGACCAAAGACUUGAUGAUAACCUUUACAUGCUUGACCUAGCAACAAAAAGAUGGAGUAGAAUUUCUGUAAGCGGUACUGCACCAAUUGGUCGAUAUGGGCAUUCUACGGCUGUUAUCGGAUCAAAAAUGUAUAUAUUCGGUGGCCGGUUCGAUGGAUACUAUUUAAAUGAACUGUUGGCAUUUGAUGUGAAUUCGUACAAUUCAAGCGGUGCUGGUUGGGAAUUCAUUACUCCAACAAGCCAACUUCCUCCGGGAAGAAUGGCUCAUAUAACAUGCGUGCAUAAUGAUAAAAUUUAUAUGUUUGGUGGAAAUGACGCGCAUAGAUGUUUUAAUGAUAUGUGGUGUUUUGAUCCGCGCACUAAUACGUGGUCAGAAUUAUCUUGCAUCGGCUUUAUUCCAUCUGCUCGGAAGUUUCAUGGUGCUGCCAUUGUGGAUGAUGUUAUGUAUGUAUUUGGCGGUAUGACGCAAGAUGGUCAAGAAUUAGGCGAUUUGACUGCAUUUAGGAUAAGUAAUCAAAGAUGGUAUAUGUUUCAAAAAAUGGGUCCUACGCCAAAUCCAAGAUUUCAUCUCACAAUGACCACGAUACAAGAAAAAGUUUUAGUUCUUGGUGGUGAAUCCACGUCCACGCAAGGAUUGAGACCAGAUGAAGACAGCAUAGUUCACAUACUGGACACAUCUGCACAAAGAAGUCAGCAAGAGUUUCAACAGCAGCAAACAGCAGCACAAAGAAGUCAGCAAGAGUAUCAACAGCAGCAGCAAACAGCUGCACAAAGAAGUCAGCAAGAGUUUCAACAGCAACAAAUAGCUGUGCCAAGAACUCAACAAGAGUUUCAACAGUAUACAGGCUUUCCAUUACCUCCGACGACAGAACAUAAUCGAUCAACACCCUCACCAACAAAUAUUCCGACAUUAGCGAACCCACAAGGAUAUCCGCGUAGCCCUAAUACUCCUCCAAAUCGUUCUGUAAAUACUUCACCGCGAGUAGGCGGUCCCAACGCACAAAUUGACAUUGAUAAUAGUAGAGUAUCUACUCCAGAACAAGUAAUGCAUAUGGACCGAGUAAAUAACCAUCGAAAACAAUCUCCAUCACCUGCUGGUGGCAUUCGACAAAUUCAACCUAAACAGAGUAUGGAAAGGUUGCAGAUGAAUCCAUCACCUAAUGGUCCUCAACAACUACCUUCACAACAUAUCGAUAACCUUAAUUAUGGUGUGCAACAAUUAGAUAACAACCCGAAUUUACAAGUGUACCAAAGUAAUGGAUUUCGCCACGGUGAUUUUACUAAUCCACGUCCAGCUCCCCAGCCUGGUUCGACUUCACCCAUUCUACAUAAUCAUAGUCCUAACCUCAAAGGAUCUGUUUCACCAGCGUUUAGUAGUACGAGUACGUUACCACAAGGCCAAUUACCUCACGAUGGUAGUUCUAUUUCAUCGCCAACAUCUACAAUGAGUUCAAUGGACAUGCGCUCCCCAACAUCUGAUGCCGUUGAUCAUUCGUUCGCACGCAUAAUGAAUUCAGAAAAUGGUGAUUUUAUGAAUGAACUACAGGAGAGAGAUACGAGUAUUGCUACAUUCAAGAAACGUGAGAUGUGGCUCAGGGCUGAACUAGCGUUAGCGAGAAAAGCGGGGUACACGCCGGAAGUAGAUGUUGAUGGUGGGGUACCUGAUGGUAUUGAUAUCGAUAAUUUGAUGGACAUUUCUGAGUUUGGAUCUGAAAAAUAUAAAAUAAUAGAAGCAAUUACAAAAAUUAAACAAGAAUUAAGAAAAGCAAAGGCAACUAUCGCAAAUCAAGCCCAAAUUGCAUCACAAAAAAUUACAGAUUCUGAAAGAGUUCGUACUGCUGCUUUACAAGAAGCUGCUUAUUUCAAAGCAAAACUUUCGGCCUUAACAAAUUCAGCAGAACAUGAUCUUAAAAUCCUUGAGGUUGAAAGGGCAACAGAGUUGGAGAAACGUUUGACACGAGCUCUAACUGAAAAAGAGGCUGUUCAAAAUCAACUUAUUCAAUUACAACAAAGUUCAAACUAUGAUAAAAACUCUCGAGAGGCAGCUGAAGAACGUGCAAGAAUGGCUACUUCACGUGCUGAAGAAGCUGAAGAAGCUCAUGCACGAGCCUUGGCAGAAUUAGCAACUCUUCAUUCACGUGCCACCGCUGCUGAAUCCCAACAUCGUGAGACAAAAAGUCAAUUAUCAGAAGUAACUUUGGAGUUGACUCGUACUCGUGGAAAUAAUCAAUCACAAAUACAAUCUUUACAACAAUCCAUUGAACAACAUCAACGCGCUCUUGAAAAAGCGAAUGUCGCUAUUGCAGCUGCGAAUGAACGCGCUAGUGAAGCUGAAAGUUUAUGGAGACAGGCACGUCAGGAUAUAUCAAAUCUUGAGAAAGAAGCAGCCGGAUUACGAUCUGAGUUGGACCUUAAAAUGAGAGAUUUAGAUCGUGCUAGUGCUAGAGCUGCAGAGAUGGAACGAUUAUUAGAUAAGACUCGACAAGAACGGGACGCUGUUCGAGAUAUGAUGAAAGAUGGAAUGACUAAAUUAUUGAGCAAUUCUCGAACUAAUGAAGAUUUAUCUGUCCCAACUAGAAUUUCUAGCCAAGUAAUUCAUCUUGAACAAGAAAUAGAAACAUUAAAAAAUAUAAAUGCGGAAACAAAAGAAUCAGCAGACAAAGCUUCAAUAUCACUUGCAAAUUCUAUGGAUAAGAUUGUACAAUUGGAAUCUUCACUUACUAAAGCACGUUCGGAAACUGCAAUGCUGCAGCGACGAUUAGCAGAAUCUUCUGAUGAAGUAAUACGAACAAAAGGAAGAUUACGUGAAAAAGAACGUACAUUAGAUGAAAAAACGUGUGCUCUUGAAGAUGCUGAAAUCAAGGUUGGAAUGAUGAGAGAUGUAAUGGUUGAGAGAGGUAUACUAGAAGAUGUUACAAGUCAAGGAACAUUAUCUUCUCAAUAUAAAGAACUUUUAUCACGAUGUGAAGAAUUAGAACAAAGGGCGCAACAUGAAGAAGAUAAAAAGAAACUUCUAGAAGAUGAGCUUAAGCGUGUCAAUAAUAGGUCUCUCAACCAAGAUUCAUCAUCUUCCAAGAAUAAUGAAAAUGAAAUGAGAGAAGCUGAAUUAAAAUUCUCUGAAACUCAACAAAAACUUCAAUUAGCCCAAGAUAAACUAGCGAAAGUAGAAUCAGAUUAUAACACUGCAAUGCAUUAUGUGCAAGGAACGGAAAAGAUGUUAAGGCGACUAAAAGAUGAAUUGCAAAAAAGUAAAAGCGAUUCAGAUAAGUUACAAAAACAAUUGAAGAUUGCUCAGGAACGAAAUGAAGAAUUAGAAGAAAAGGUUUCAGAGGUUCAAAAUCAAGUAUCUGUCCGCACAGGCGUUCGUGAAUCAAGAAUUCAGGAAUUCACCAAUAAACAACUUGAAGUUCAGAAAGAAGAAUUUGGUCAAGAAAUGACUGAAGUGCAACAAAAAAUGAAAGAACUUAUUGUACAAAUUGACCACGCACGGGAAGAAAAGAAAAUGGUGGAUAUCUCAUAUGAAGCUUUACGCAAAGAAUUCAAAACAAUGCAAAAAGAUCACAUUGAUUUAAAGCAAUCAAACAAGUUAUUUCAAGAACAACUUGCAUCUUCUACAAUUAAAGUAGAGCAACUUAGAAAAGAGAAUGAACAUUUAAAUAGACAACUUACUAAUGACUUGAGCGAUAAUCUUUCAAAUAACAUUAAAUUUAAACAGCAUGAGAGAUGGGAUGAACAACGAGGUGUAUUAGAAAGACAAAUUGCACAACUUCAUGAAACAAAUAAAAAACUUGAAAGAGAAAAUAUAGAUUUUGAACAAAAAUUACACGAAUCAGAAAAUAAAAUUUCAUUAUUGCUUGAUCAAAUGGAACAUGCAGUAGACAAUUAUCGUGUGAUUGAAGAUGGUAUAAAAUCUAGUCCAAGAGAUUCAAACAUAAUUAGUUCUAUGACAGAUAAACUCGAUGACGAACUUCUUGCUUUAAAUUCUCGGUGGGGAAAUAAUUAUGACGAUUUAAGUCCUGAGGAUGACGGUUAUAUUAAUCGAAAAUGGAACAGAUUGCCAAGUGGAAUGGACAAUGAAAGUAGAGCAUCAUCAAAUAUAGAUGAUUAUGAAGAUAUGAUUGCUGCGUUAGAACAAGUACAAAAAGGACAAAAAGUAGCAACGGCUAAUCGAAAAUAA